UGGCCGAUCUGUGCGCACCGCGAGAGCGCAUAAAGGCCGAACCUGAGCCGAAUAUUUGCAUAUCAUUUAAUUACCACGCGUGUGACGGAUCUUUUUCCACUGAACGCAUAACGUCUUAUUAGAUUUACACUCAUUCAAAAUUAGACGGAACUGCUUGAUGUCGGAACUUAAGAUUUAUUUAACGUAUGACCAUAAAACGAAUCUAAUACUUGAGGCAUAAUUUAUAUAGGAGGUGUUGAUUGGCAAUUUUUUUUUCAUAUUUAAACAAGUUGUUCCUGUAUAAGCUAAUUUAGAAAUGUAACGAAUUAAAGCGAGCAUCUACAGCAGUUUUAUAUUGGGUCGCUUUGUUUUAUAUUAUAACUUUUUAUUGUUGUCAGAUGUCUUACAUAUGCUCUACUGUAGUUUAAUACAAAAUUUUUACUGCAAUUCAAAUGCGGGAGCGACUAUAUACUUGUUAUAAAUAACAUUUUGAUAAAAGGAUAACAUGUAACGAGUUGGAAAACAUCAGUUCGACACUUACUUUUCUGAAAAAGAAAAAAAAAACAUCAUAAAGACAGGCAAGUCCUUAAUUUAUUUAGACCUGCAUCUAUUGACUGAUUUAUAAAUUCUAGGUAAAAGUUGUUUACAUUUCCAAAAUAGUUGCAUUUAUCAAUCAAAGCAGGAUAAUUUAAAAAAAAAUGUGCAAAAAAGAGGAAAAGAAAACAGAGAUGUAGCCUAUGUCUUCUAUCUAUUUAUCUGUUUUGUAUAAUCAGCUCAGAUGUAGUGAUGUUAAACUGGGGGUCCACAGACAGGGAGGUGCACGCCUCGGUAGGAUAAAAGAGGAGGAAAGCGACGUGAUUGGCGCACCAGUCGGAGCUUCCGUGCGUCCCCGGUGACCCCACCCGGAGCGCUUUAAAAGCCCGUAGAUGGCAGCUCCGCAUCCUCUCCACAGCCACCGCAAAGAGAGAGAGAGAGAGCGGACAGCGGAGCGAAACGCACGGAGCGGACUAACCUCAAGACAUCUAACCGAAGGAGAACCGGGAGCGAAGAAAAUGAGAGGGCGGCUGCUGAACUUUGGGAAGAAGUAGUUUGAUAAGCGAAUAUUUAUUCCGGCGGAGAAACCUACCAACUGCCGAGGAGAAAAGGAGAAGUGUCGUCAGCCAUGCAGCACUACGGGGUGAACGGCUACUCUCUGCACGCCAUGAAUUCCCUGAGUGCCAUGUACAACCUUCACCAACAGGCGGCGCAGCAAGCGCAGCAUGCACCUGACUACAGGCCUUCAGUGCAUGCGUUAACCCUUGCAGAGAGACUAGCAGGUUGUACAUUUCAAGACAUUAUCCUUGAGGCCCGCUAUGGCUCCCAGCACAGAAAGCAGAGGCGCAGUCGCACGGCCUUUACCGCGCAACAGCUGGAGGCUCUGGAAAAAACCUUCCAGAAGACCCACUACCCUGAUGUGGUUAUGCGGGAGCGCCUGGCCAUGUGCACCAACCUGCCCGAGGCCCGUGUGCAGGUCUGGUUCAAGAACCGCCGAGCCAAAUUUCGCAAGAAGCAGCGCAGUCUCCAAAAGGAGCAGCUACAGAAGCAGAAGGAAGCGUCAGGAGCUGCUGACGACUCACCAGAAGACUCUAAAACAGACCUCACAAAUGCUCCUAACACCACCACCACCACCACCACCACCACUGUGGUUCCUGAAGUCCGCAGUCCUCCUCCUCCUCCUUCGUCCUCUUCAUCCUGUCACUCAGAGUCAGAGCGGCUGGCCGCAGCACGGCCUCAGCCGGGAGAGAUGAGCGUGGAAGUCAACGUCACGUCCCCAGAGCCAUCAGACAGCGAGUCAGCAACAGAAGAUAAUGCUGAGCGAGAGGAGGAGGAAAUUAGCGGGGAGUCGAGGGUGAAACUCAGGGAGGAGGUGCAAAGAGACGGGUCUGUCCAGGCAGGAAGGAGCUCUCCGUUCUGCAAGAGACUCAGUCCCACAUCAGACUCUCCAUUGAGCUCCCCCGCCCUCCCAACCUCCAGCAGUGUAACCAGCGGGCUGGUUCAGAGUAACUCCUACGCCUCGUCUCCCCUCAGCCUCUUUCGACUGCAGGAGCAGUUUCGACAGCACAUGGCAGCCACAAACAAUCUGGUGCACUACCCAUCCUUUGACAUGAGCGCACCGUCCUCCCUGCCCUACCUGGGCAUGAAUGUCAACAUGCCUUCCCCACUGGGCUCACUGCCCUGCCAGUCCUACUACCAGACCCUAUCACAAGCCCAACAGGUGUGGAACAGCCCGCUGCUGCAGACGGCUCCAGGCAGCCUCCCGGGAAGCCUCAACAGCAAGACUACAAGCAUCGAGAACCUCCGGCUAAGGGCCAAGCAGCACGCAGCGUCGCUGGGACUGGACACGCUUCCCAACUGAAGAACCUGACUGCAUUUCAGGCCAACAAUCCAACUUUUUCUUUUGACCUCUCAAAGUAAUUUCGUACACCCAAGAAGAUUUUCCGCAGAAGCCCAAGAACGUAUCAGUGUCACCUCCAAUAUGAUUGCGAGAUGUUUUGCUGAUCAAAUAUUUAAUGUCCGUACUAAUUUUCAAGUAAAAGUGAAGUGAACUGCUGAUAAUGUUUAAUUUGCAUUGUGAAAACCAGAGUUCAGUGGUUAACAGGAGAAAAGAAAGCGUUCGCAAAACAAACAAGCUGAGCUAAAGUAAACACUUUAGAGGACCUACCUCAGUAUGGAUUGUCAACACACAAUUUCCUAUUGCCUCAUUAUCAUCAUCACAGCAAUUCACCUCAAAGACAAGAGGAAUACAUCGCCUGGUUGGACUUAAGAGAUAACAAACCAUAACCAUCCCGUCUUGAUGGUAGAUGAGACUGAAGAGGAUGUUACUUUAAUCAACUGUGAAAGGGCAACGGUAUCAGCUGGUGCACACCAUGAUCAAGUCAGGACAAAAACAUCCUCCCAGUGUUCAUCUGAGAUUCUAAAAUAUCUUGCAACUCUACGAGAUCCCUUGAGCGUAACAUGUGCAUGCAUGAGAUCCUCUUAAGCUUGGCUUGUACAGCCACCCAACACAGCUAUCACGGGAACAGAAAAAGACCUGACACCACAAAACAAAGCUUGAGCCAUUCUCUGAGAGCUUCUUGUUCGAAGGCAUCCUUCUCAGCUUGGACUAAAUGGAGUGUUGUAAAUAACCCCCAAUGCUUACCUCCAUCUGACUGGUUUCAAAGCAAACCCCAAAUCAACUUUCGCGCAAAGGGUUUUGGAGAAAAAAAAAUAAAAUCAAUUUCUUUCCCAAUUAUAACCUCAAGCAUCCACAUAAAUAAAACACAGGGGAAAAGUUGCCAACAUGUUUGUGCUUGCCAGUGGCUUCAGCAGAAAGAAGCACAUGGUACAUCUCUGUAUUAUAUAUCACUGUAGAUGAAAGACAUGUAUUUGUCAGUUGGUUAAAAUAUGAGUAAUUUAUCUGUUCAAUGCAAGAGAAUAAAUUGUAAAUGAAGUGUU